AUGAGUGGCUACGACAGAGCAUUAUCUAUUUUCUCACCAGAUGGCCACAUUUUCCAAGUAGAAUAUGCGCUGGAAGCCGUUAAGAGAGGUACAUGUGCGGUCGGUAUCAAGGGCACGGACUGUGUCGUAGUGGGAUGCGAAAGACGGUCGACAUUGAAGCUGCAAGACCCUCGUAUCACGCCGUCCAAAAUAUCGACUAUCGACUCUCAUGUGGUGCUCUCGUUUGCCGGUUUGAAUGCAGACAGCCGUAUUCUGAUCGAAAAAGCGCGCGUGGAAGCCCAAUCGCACAAACUGACCCUGGAGGACCCAGUCUCCAUAGACUAUUUGACACGGUACGUCGCCGGCGUGCAACAGAGAUAUACUCAGUCUGGUGGUGUGAGGCCCUUUGGUGUUUCCACGCUGAUUGCCGGCUUCGACCCGCGCGACACACAACCGAAGCUCUAUCAAACCGAGCCUAGUGGAAUCUACUCCGCCUGGAGCGCUCAGGCUAUUGGCAGGAACAGCAAGACAGUACGUGAGUUUCUGGAGAAAAAUUACAGCAAAGAGCAGCCUCCUGCUUCUGAACAAGAAUGUGUCAAACUUACCGUGAAGGCGCUUCUGGAAGUGGUUCAAACCGGCGCCAAGAACAUCGAGAUCACCGUUGUCCGUCCACACUCCAAGAUCGGCACUCUGUCAAGUGAAGACAUUGGCAAGUACGUGGACGAAAUCGAACAAGAGAAACAGCAGGAGCUGGAAAAAAAGAAGAAAAAGAGGGGUGAGAACUAG